GGGUUUAAGAGGGAAAACAAAAACCCCUCCCUUUCUAUCUCCAAUCUUCAGCCUCACAAAAAACUAAACAAAAGAGUGAGCAAAACCCAUCUCAACACACAAGAAGUUUCUCACCAAAUUUAUCGAUAAAAAAUGGCGCUCCUCAAGCCUCCGCCUUGUUUCUCUCUCCGAUUCGUCGCCCGUCGCUUCUUCUUCUCCUCUUCGUCUCUUCUCUCUCGCCGGCGCCCUCGCCUUCUCAUCAGAGCAAGUAGGGUUUGUAGCAGCAGCAACAGCGGUUAUCGUUUGCGGAGCAAUGGGGUUGGAGUUAGGGCUUUCAUGUCCUCGAGUUUAGCUUCUGAAGCUCUACAGGGGAAGCCUGGGUCACAAUCUUACGGUUCUGAGCAGAUUCAGGUGUUGGAAGGAUUAGAUCCAGUCCGUAAAAGACCUGGAAUGUAUAUUGGCAGUACUGGACCACGUGGUUUGCAUCAUUUGGUAUAUGAAAUUCUGGAUAAUGCUGUUGAUGAAGCUCAAGCAGGCUAUGCCUCAAAGAUAGAUGUAAUUUUACAUGAGGAUAAUUCUGUUAGCAUCACUGAUAAUGGACGAGGGAUUCCUAUAGAUUUGCAUCCUGUGACGAUGAAAUCCUCACUGGAGACAGUUUUAACGGUCUUGCACGCAGGAGGCAAGUUUGGUGGUUCAAGCAGUGGCUACAGUGUGUCCGGAGGGCUUCAUGGUGUGGGCUUAUCUGUUGUUAAUGCUUUGUCUGAGGCAUUGGAUGUCACAGUUUGGCGUGAUGGUGAGGAAUACCGUCAAAGCUAUGCUCGUGGAAAGCCAGUGACAGCUCUAACAUGCAUUAAGCUGUCAGAUGAAUUAAGUGAUCGGCAAGGGACGCGUAUCAGAUUUUGGCCCGAUAAAGAAGUCUUCACUACUUCCAUCAUGUUCGACUUCAACACAAUUGCUGGGCGUAUUAGGGAACUUGCUUUCUUGAAUCCUGAGCUUAUGAUUACACUGGAAAAAGAGGAAGGAGAUUCAAAGGCACUAUAUAACGAGUACUAUUAUGCUGGCGGUUUGGUUGAGUAUGUCAAAUGGUUAAAUACUGACAAGAAACCACUUCAUGAUACUCUUGGUUUUCGAAAAGAAACUGAUGGAGUUACAGUAGAUGUUGCCCUCCAGUGGUGUUCAGAUUCAUAUUCAGAUACAAUGCUGGGAUAUGCCAAUAGCAUCCGGACAGUUGAUGGUGGGACUCAUAUAGAUGGGAUGAAAGCUUCAUUAACCAGAACAAUUAACAAUAUGGCAAGGAAGUCCAAGCUUAUAAAGGAGAAGGAUAUAAGCUUAAGUGGAGAGCAUGUAAGAGAAGGAUUGACAUGCAUUGUCUCAGUCAAAGUCCCAAAUCCAGAGUUUGAAGGACAAACAAAGACGAGACUGGGAAAUCCAGAAGUUCGAAGAGUAGUUGAACAAUGCGUACAGGAGCAUCUUACCGAGUACUUGGAAUUGCAUCCAGAUGCUCUGGAUUCCAUCCUAUCUAAAUCUUUAAAUGCUCUCAAGGCAGCUAUGGCAGCCAAACGAGCUCGAGAACUGGUCAGGACAAAAAGUGUUCUAAAGUCUUCUUCUCUUCCAGGAAAGCUUGCUGAUUGUUCAGCUACAAAUCCUGAAGAGUCUGAGAUCUUUAUAGUUGAAGGUGACUCCGCAGGAGGUAGCGCAAAGCAAGGUCGUGAUAGGAGAUUUCAGGCUAUUUUACCAUUAAGGGGUAAAAUUCUGAACAUUGAAAGAAAGGAUGAGGCAGCUAUGUACAAAAACGAAGAGAUCCAAAAUCUUAUUCUUGCUCUGGGACUCGGAGUGAAGGGGGAGGAUUUUAAAAAGGAUGCCCUUCGAUAUCACAAGAUUAUCAUUCUAACAGAUGCUGAUGUGGAUGGUGCUCACAUCAGAACCCUUCUACUAACAUUUUUCUUUAGAUACCAGAAAGCAUUAUAUGAUGAGGGGUGCAUUUAUGUGGGCGUUCCACCACUUUACAAGGUUGAGCGUGGCAAGCAAGUGCAUUACUGCUAUGACGAGGCUGAGCUGAAGAGGCUUCAGAGUACUUUCCCUUCAAAUGCUUCAUAUAAUAUUCAAAGGUUUAAAGGUUUAGGAGAAAUGAUGCCUGCACAACUUUGGGAGACUACAAUGAACCCGGAGACUAGGCUGCUGAAGCAGUUAAUGGUGGAAGAUGCUGCCGAAGCAAAUGUUGUUUUCUCUUCUCUCAUGGGUACUCGUGUUGAUGUCAGAAAGGACUUGAUUCAGAAUUCUGCCAGUACAAUGAACCUAGAGCAUUUAGAUAUUUGAGGUUUUCUCAAGCCAGUUUCUAUAUAACGCUAAUGGAGAUAAUUUAUUACUGGCCAUCUUUGAUCUUGUUAUGAGGAAGAGAUCACGAUGUUGAAGACUUGUAUAUUUGUCCAGUUUGGAUCUAAUGUGCUAGUUAUUGGUAGAUGCGGACUACAACAUUGAGAUUACAAAGUUAAUGAGAUUGGCACCUGGAGUAUCUUGCUACAAAAAGUCAUGCGAACAUAGAUCAGGCUUGAUGCUUCACUGUUUCACAUCCGAAGUACUGACAACUUACUUCAAAUU